AGGGAUUGCAGCUCGUGGAGCAUCAGUGUCUCACCCUGCGAGUCGUUCCAAUGGUUUCUCUUCUUGCAUUGCAAUCGAGCCUGCUUGCGCGGGACGCUGCCGAUGUGCGCACCGGAAUAUCGCCCCAACUCCAGCCUAUCCACAGCAGGCAGGCUAGAUUAAGAAAGGGCGUGACGCCAUCAGUCCGGUUGCGAGGCGGGCAGUGCAGGGCACAGCAGGGAGUCACCAGUCCCCCGGCUCAGAAUGGGGCCGUUGGAACAACUGAAGAAGUGCCCAUGCCCAUUGUGAAAAUUGACAACCAGCACGACCCCUUCGCCACCGUUGUUACUAUUGAGUUUGGCGAUCGCCUGGGGCAGCUCCUAGACACAAUCGCGGCGCUCAAAAACCUGAAGCUGAACAUCCGGCGGGCGAAGAUCAAGGCCGGCGCGGGCGCGAACAAGUUCUACAUCACGGACGCGCUCACGAGCGAGAAGAUCCUGAAGAGCGCGCGGCUGGAGGAGAUCAGACUCACCAUCUUCAACAACCUGCUCAAGUACCAUCCUGAGUCGGGCGCUGCCAUCGGCUGGGGCGCGUCUGCCAGCCCUGUCACUGAGGCAGACCCACUGCAUCCCUUGGGAACCCGGGACACGCCCAAGAUCAAGACGAGCGUGGAGGUGAGUGAGGAGGAGUCGGGGACGCACAGCAAGGUGUCCAUCCGCACGCGCGACCGCCCCGGCCUGCUCACAGACAUUGUGCACACCCUCAAGGACAUCAGCGUCAACGUCAUCUCUGCAGAGGUUGACACAGAGGGUCCAGUGGCAAAGGACGAGUUCUAUGUGACUUACCACGGGGAGCCUCUAAACCCGUCAAUGGCCACGCUGGUGACAAAUGCGCUGCAGUACUACCUGCAGCUGGCUGAAGUGGAGAGGGAAGAGUCUUACUAGGGACCAGGCAGGCCCAUCGAUGCAGCCUGCCAGCAUGCUGUGUCGAUGCAGUGUCUCCCCAUGUUUCUAGGCAAGCCUGUGGCCAGUCACAGGUGCUACAGUGACAUUCUUUAUGGUACUGUGCUGCUAGCAGCUGAGGCACCAUUGUUGUCCAGUCUUGCACGGCAGCUGCUUCUCUUUAGGAGGGUAGCAAUUGUCGUACUUGGACCAAUGUUGUGCAAUGCAUAGUGCUAGGCAUUACACUUCGUUCACGAGCGGUUGCAAUUGCAUGCACUUGAAUGACAGCACUGCGGAGAGGGGUGAUUGGUGUGAAGCACAUUUGAAUGUACACUGUCAUAGAUGGAGAGUCCUCUAAUGAUCUUCUGUGCCUUCUUCUGUCACUGUCAGGAUGCCUCAUUUGUGAAGGUGGUGCAACAAACUCUGAUGACAA